AUGAGUUUUUCUAAAUUCAAUUUUGCCUCAUCUACUUCAAGUUCUUCAUCUUCUGACGAAGAGAAUGAACUAAUAGAUAAUAUGGUUGAUUAUUCCUUUCAAUACGCUAUUCCUCCUAUUGUUUCAACACUACAACCAAGGGUGAGAACCAACAAAAAAUGUCAAAUUCAAAGAGACCAUUCAAAAGGUCAUUCCCAACUAUUUAAUGAUUAUUUCGCUGAAAAUCCUACAUAUUCUUCUCGAUUGUUUCGACGUAGGUUUAGGAUGAAGAAACAUGUAUUUUUACGGAUAAUGAAAGCUGUCUCCAACAGUGAUCCAUGGUUCACUACCAACAGUGAUGCAACUAAUAGAAAAGGUCUAAGUGCUUUACAAAAGUGUUCAUAUAAUGAUCUCAACGUGCUAUAUCGAUCACCUCUUUUAGUUGAUUUGUUUGAAGGAAAGGCACCACCUGUCAAUUUCACGGUGAAUGGAAAUCAAUACGGCAUAGCUUACUAUCUCACUGAUGGAAUUUAUCUUAAAUGGGCUACUUUUAUUCAGUCUAUUACUGAACCACAAACAGCAAAAGCAAGAUUAUUUACCCAACAUCAAGAAGCAGCAAUAAAGGAUGUGGAGCGAGCAUUUGGGGUGUUGCGAGCUCAAUUUGCAAUAAUUAGAAAGCCCUCACUUGCUUGGGAUGAAGAAUCCUCUCUGAUAUAA